AUUUCCGGUUCCGGGUUCCAUUCCCGCUGUAGGCGGCGAUGGCGGCGGCCUCCUCCUCCUCCUCGUCCGCGGAGGCGGGGGGCUCCGGGGCCCGGGAGGAGGCCGAGGAGACGGCCGGGCCCGGCUGGAGCGAGUCGCAGUUCCGCCAUUACACCUUCCGGACGCAGCCCAUCCCCCGGCUCAGCCACAGCGACCCCCGCGCCGAGGAGCUGAUCGAGAACGAGGAGCCAGUGGUCCUGACAGAUACAAACUUGGUGUAUCCUGCCCUAAAGUGGGACGUGGACUACCUCCAGGAGAACAUUGGCAAUGGGGACUUCUCAGUGUAUAGCGCCAGCACAUACAAGUUUUUGUACUAUGAUGAGAAGAAAAUGGCCAAUUUCAAGAACUUCAAGCCGAAGUCGAACAGGGAAGAGAUGAAGUUUAGUGAGUUUGUGGAGAGACUCCAGGAAAUACAGCAGCAAGGGAGUGGUGAGAGGUUGUAUCUGCAGCAGACUCUGAAUGACACAGUUGGAAGGAAGAUUGUGGUGGAUUUCUUGGGCUUUAACUGGAACUGGAUUAACAAGCAGCAAGGGAAGCGUGGCUGGGGACAACUGACUUCCAACUUGCUGCUUAUUGGCAUGGAAGGGAAUGUGACACCAGCUCACUAUGAUGAGCAGCAGAACUUCUUCGCUCAGAUUAAGGGCUACAAGCGGUGUAUCCUGUUCUCUCCAGAUCAGUUUGAAUGCCUCUACCCUUACCCUGUGCACCAUCCAUGUGACAGGCAGAGCCAGGUGGACUUUGACAAUCCUGACUAUGAGAAGUUUCCCAAUUUCCAGAACGUGGUUGGCUAUGAGACAGUGGUAGGCCCGGGUGAUGUGCUCUACAUCCCUAUGUACUGGUGGCAUCACAUUGAGUCUCUGCUGAAUGGCGGAACCACCAUCACUGUGAACUUCUGGUACAAGGGUGCUCCCACCCCAAAGAGAAUUGAGUAUCCCUUAAAGGCGCAUCAGAAAGUGGCGAUAAUGAGGAACAUUGAGAAGAUGCUGGGAGAGGCCCUGGGAAACCCACAAGAGGUGGGUCCCCUGUUGAACAUGAUGAUUAAGGGUCGGUAUGACUAGUCCCUGGCCACCUGGGUGACUGACGGAGGAGCUGCUUCAUUCACGAGUAAUGGAAGAUACUGAGCGCUAGUAUUGCACGCAGCACUUAAGACUGAUGGGCUGCUGGCCCAUCUCUGUCCCACUCCACAACAAUUAAGGGGACUACUGGAACUGCAAAACCAUUAGCCCACCUCCUUCCCCCUUCCCUCACUGUCGUCCAACUGAAUUUCCCAAGAAAGAACCUGCACUUAGUGAGCAAGAAUUCAGCUUCCAAUAAGUGUGUUUCCCCUGUCUGCCGAGACAAGGAAUGUGGCAUCUGGCACUUGAAUGCUUUCCUUCUUUGGGAUUUAAUUUAAAGUUUUGAAAGAACAGUUUGGAAGGGAGCCAGGAGUUGUCUUGUUUCCACAGGCCCAGUGGCUGGGUUUCUGUGAUGGUGCUGGCAGUGGACACAGUAUCCCUGAAAUCUGGGACAGUCAGCCUGGAUAGCAGGAAGCCUUAGGUUCCAUGAUCCUGUUGUGUUAGAGGUCUUGUCCUUGCUGGGUCCUGGCACCGUCAGACAGCAGGAAUGAGCAUGUGAUGACUUUUUUGAGGGGAAAAACUGGAAAGAUGGUUUGGAACCCCCCCCCGCCACCCCUCUCUCAAAAGAUGCAGUGCUCAAGGUAUUGGGAGCUUGGUACCUAGUAGGGUGAUCAAGUUGAAUCCAUACAGUAUGUGUGCACAAAACGCCAUCCUUUGAGUCCUGCCUCUGUCAGAUGGGUCACUGGAAACCUCCUCUCUCUCCUAUUCACAGCAGAGCUCUUUGAGGAGUGAAGGUCUACUGCUUUUCUCUAAAGCUGCAGCAUGGUUAGAAGUGGAUGUAACGUGGUGAGGGAGACAGAUUACGAGGGCACUCACCAAGUCUCCCACAAUGAAACCAUGUCAAAAUUGAUCUCCUGGGGCCCUGAGACUGAUGAAUACCCAGUUAAAAUCAGCUUCUCUUUUCUCCACCAAGGGGUGCCGGCUUCCUGGACAAAACACAGAAAGUGCCCUUUACUAAUUAACUCUGUGUGUUGUGAGGCUGUUGUGUUGCUCCUUUCCUUGUAUGGUCACGUGGGGAGGCGGGGAAACUUUCAUACCUGUGUUCAUUUUGUUUGAAUCCUUUGUGUUCUCAUACUCGGCACAACAAUUUUCAGAAUGAGAAGAGAGAGGCUACAGGAGCAGCAGAACUUCCUUUUAGAGUACUGGCAAUCGCCCUGAAAAACCAGUAUGCCUUCCUAGUCCUUUCCCUGCAGAGCUUUCCAAACUCGCAUGGAGCCUUGCCUUGCCUUGCCCUGCUCUGCGGUUCCUGGGUGGGAAACUUGCAUACUGACCACGGUUGUAAUUGAUCAUCAAGAUCAGAAAAGCUGGCUUGGAUCCCAUCUAAUUCACCCCGCUGACCAGUGAAGGGUGUUCCCUUCAUUAUGUUUCCUAGUGCUUUGUCUCCUUGACUGUUUAGGGCUGAUUGUGACAUUUGGGUUUCUGUGAAGUGUGUAGCCCAGGGAGGAGAUGAUAUUGGGGAAACAGAAUGAUAUCCAUGGCUUGCCAUGUCCCAUCUUGUGCUGGGACGACUCUUGUACCGUUUACUGUGAACUUCUCUUAUGCAGGAAUAGAAGAAAGACUUAGCAAAACUGAGUUGUUGGACAGCAUCUGCAUGGAGCUUCAGUGUCUAACUGUUGACCAUCACUAUUUGUGGCUCAGAUACCAAGAGAGGUGCUAUGGGACAAAGCAGGAGUCUUGUUACCAAACACCUCUGUGUCCCUGACUUAGCAGUAUGUAACCAAGGUCAAAGAGAGCAGCAGAAGAUAAACUUCCUCUUCAGAGCACUGUCUAGAUCAGAAUGAAGGUCACUCAGCUGGAUGCGUGUAAAUAUUCAGCCUUGGGGGAGGGAGGAAGGACCCUCUUCUGCCUCUUCCUGAAAGUGAAGCCUUCCCAAGAGGAGUUGUUGUUGUGCAGUCUCUCUUCCCUUGGUUGGAAGACACUCAACUGGAAUCUCACCUGCGUGCCACUGUUCGGAGCGCAGCAGUCUCAGCCAGUGUUCUGAGGAGCUCGUUGGGCACCACCAGCUCCUGAAGCCCAGGCUGAGAGUUCCAAGGGGCUCAUGAAGGAUGGUAUAUCUGGAACUUCGGGAUCCUUUUUUCUUUAUUUGCCAAAGGUCUAACUUUGAAGUGUCAGAACAGUUUUUGCUGCACUUGACUGGCAUGAAAGCUCAGUUUACAAUGCACUGAUGGACUCUCUCUCUCCCCCCUCCGUGUCCACCCUAUGUUUUCAGUGCCCCUGCCAUGGUCAUGAGAAGCUGUGUAUGUAUGUGUGUGAGAGAAACACAUGGUACCUUCUGAAAUGUAGUUCUUAAAUACAACCAAUGUUGAACAACA